GGGGGCCCGCGCCCCGCGCCCCCCAGACAUGGUGGGCCACCUGCAUCUGCAGGGCAUGGAGGAGAGCCUCAAGGAGAAGAGCCGGGAGGGCCUGCUGGACAGCCCCGACUCCGGGCUGCCCCCCAGCCCCAGCCCCAGCCCGCCCUUCUACUCCCUGGCGCCUGGCAUCCUCGACGCCCGCGCGGGGGGCGCCGGCGCGUCCUCGGAGCCCCCCGGACCCGGCGAGGCCAGAGCGCCUGGUCCUGCUCCCCCCCGUCCCUCCCCCUGAAUCCCCCCGGCGCUGGAGAUGCGGCCCCGGAUGCUACCGGUGUUCUUUGGGGAGAGCAUUGAGUUGAACCCAGAACCCACACAGGAGAUCCGCUGCAGCUCCGAGGUCACGUUCGCCUCGGACAGGCGCUUCCGGGACAAGGUCUUCUACGCGCCGGUGCCCACGGUCACGGCCUACAGCGAGACGGUGGUGGCGGCGCCCAACUGCACGUGGCGCCGCUACCGCAGCCAGCUGACCCUGGAGCCGCGGCCGCGCGCCCUGCGCUUCCGCAGCACCACCAUCAUCUUCCCCAAGCGGGCCCGGAGCUCCUUCCGCACCACCCUGCGCUGCAGCCUGGGCCGGCCCGGCCGCUGGUUCACGGCCAGCGUGCGGCUGCAGCUCUGCCCGCGCCCCGGGCCCUGCCCGCCGGGGCCCGCGCGGCUCUGA